UUAAAUGAAAAUGGCGUCUAAAAAUGAUCCUAAAGUUGACGAACUCGAGGCUGGUCCUGAAGUAGCUGCGGCUGCCAGUUCUUAUGAAUUGAAAUGUCCCAUUUGUCUGGAGGACUAUGACAAUAAGGCAUUCGUUAAUGUCUGCUUUCAUGCUUUCUGUUAUGUGUGUAUAGUCCAGUGGUCUGAGGUCAGUAACAAGUGUCCAAUGUGCAAGGUCUCGUUCAAGAGUCUCAUUUAUGAUGUAAAGACAGAGUCCAAUUACAAAACUCAUAUCAUUAGUUCUUCAUCAAGGAGACAGGAUUCAAGAGAAGUGAGCAUCAAUGAAGCUCGUAGGUUCAGGUACAGGACUACAGUGUUACCUGGUGAGAGACAACCUCUUGAGUCACAGAGACACCGACUCCAACAAUCACGCAAACCAGCAACCGAAGAAAGAAGAAGGACAGUGUAUCAGGCUGGAAUGAGGGCCUUACCAUUCACUACUGAAGGAAAGAAAGUUCGAAUUAGAAAUAUAUCUGCCUCUUUCUUUAAAUCUAAUCCAGCUGCAGUUCAUCGUCUGUUGCCAUGGCUAUCACGUGACAUCAAAGCGACGCUAGGAGAGGAACACGUGGAGUUUAUGAUCCAACUGAUACUCUCAAUAAUUGACAAGAUCAAUAUCGAUAGUGAUGAAUUCAUAGAGCACUUAAGACCGUUCUUCCACCACAGGACGGAACACUUUGUCCACGAGUUUAUAAGCUUUGCCAAGUCUCCAUUAGACAUGAUGGCAUACGAUCAUAAAGUCAGCUAUGGACUUCCAUCGUCAGUUCAUGGAGCUAAGAGAACAGGCACCAGCUCUGAUGGCGGAGAUGUGAAUGAAAGAGGAGAAUCAUCACAAGCUGGUCCAUCUAGUACUGCUCCAGAAGGAGAAACAGCUCCAGCUUCUGUUGAAGAAGGAAGAGACAAAGGAGAAGGAGAAGGGGAAGGAGCUCAAAGUGAAGAUGAAAUGCAUAAGAGGAUAUUAUACGAACUAGCUACCUCAACUUGGGACGAGAGUCCAAUAAUAACUCGUAAACCGGACACGCCCCCUUCAAACAGGGCUCAGGACUCGGACCAAGACUUUAUCAUUAUUAGUACCAGUCCCAGUGUAUCCGAUAUUGAAGGACUAGUACCAAGAGACGAGGGGGUACAGGAUAAUAGAGUCACAUGUAGCACUGGUAGAGAUAGAGGGGAAAAACAGGAUGAGGGUGAGUCUGAAGGUAGUAGAGUCUGUGAAAAAAGAAGGAAGUCUUCUAAGAGUUCGAAAACUAAAAGUCGUAAACACAAAAAAAGUUAUUUAUCGGACUCUGGAUCUUGUUCAGAGGAGAGAGAGGAAAGGAGGAGGAGGAAGAGGAGGAGUAGAUCAAGAGAGAGAACCAACUCUCCGUCCCUCACUCCUGAAUAUUAUUACAAAGAUUCUAAAAGGACUUACGACAAGAAAAGGAAGCAUCGUUCGUCUACUCACCACAAGCAGAGGAAAUCAGAUCGGAGCUCACGUGAUGAGUCAUGUGAUCACAGGAGUCAUUCACGUUACCAUGGUUACUCGUCACGUGAUCGUAGCCAAUCGUCACACGGUCAAGAAAGAAAGAGAUAUCAUAAAAGACACGCCAAGAGAGGAAAGAGAUCACAUGAGAAAGAAAAACGGUCUCAGAAAAGAUUGCGUGAUCGAUCGCAUGACAAGAAGAAAGCCGACAUGCUCAGUGGUGACUAUUCAACCAGUGAUGAUGAUUGUGAUGUGUUAAGUGACGGCGAGAUCAAACGCGAGCUGGAAGAUAUCAACAACGAUCUUUUAAAUAUGAAGAAACGAUUGCUCAAGCACUGUCUACACAGAGAAAGGGCUACUUUAUUGAAAUCGGCCCUGCAGAAGGAACUGGGUGGGAUUGACACGCCCCUUGACACACCCACCAACGAAGACGAGGGUGGUUCUAGUAGCAUUGAUGAGUUAGAGGAUGAGUUGAUGAGGAUUGAGAGAGAUAUAGAGAUGAGUAGGAAUGAAGUGGCUGCUGUUAAUGAGAGACUAGAGAAAGACUGAGAAAAAUGAUAAAUUGUAAAGUCUAAACUAGACUAUGUUCUCAUUCAUUUGAACCUGUAUUUUAUUUUUAAAAUUUAAAAAGAAAUCAUUUUUAUGCUUUACCUAAA